AGAAAAUAAACAAGAUGGCUGCUAUAGUAAAUGACCAUGGUUGCAUCUGUUGGAAACAUCGCUAGUCUUCAUUUAUUACUGAAAACUUUUAAUUCAAUUGUUUAAAAACAGUUUAUGCUGUGGGCAACAUGGAAUACACAGGAUACUGCACUGAACAUGUCCCUGUUAAAAUUGAAACAGAUUCAGAGAUGUACCAUGGUGACAACUAUACCAGAGACCUGGGUAUUCAGGUACAGAGGAUUGGUGUUAUGAAUAACGACUGUGAUAUCUAUCAAUGUCAGCACUGCAGAUUGGAUUUUUCAACACUCUCCCAUUAUAAUUUGCAUUUGAAAUACAAACAUGAAGGGGAAAACCUUGACAAUAAGAAUCUAGAUUUCACAGUUGACACUAGUGAACAUUCUAAUCAGUUAUCUAAUAAGUAUUAUCAGCACCAUGGAAUUCAUAAAGGGAAAAAGCAUUGUAAGUGUGACAAUUGUGGUAAAUAUUUUACAACACUCAAAUAUUUAAAAGUGCACCUUUUAAUUCAUAUAGGAGAAAAGCCUUACAAAUGUGGCCAAUGUUGGAAAUGUUUUACAACUCGUAUUGAAAUAUAUUAUCACUUAAAAAUUCAUACAGGAGAAAAGCCUUACAAGUGUGACCAAUGUGGUAAAUGUUUUGCAACUCUUGAUCGAAUACGGAGGCACGUUAUAAUUCAUACAGGAGAGAAGCCUUACAAAUGUAGCAUAUGUUGUAAAUAUUUUAGCCACGUUGGUAGUUUGAAUUCUCAUCAUAGAAUUCAUACAGGAGAGAAGCGUUACACAUGUAGCAUAUGCUGUAAAUGUUUUACCCAUUUGAGUAGCUUAAAGAGACACCAUUUAAUUCAUACAGGAGAGAAGCCGUACCAGUGUGACGAAUGUGGUAAAUGUUUUGCCCAUUUGCGUAACUUAAAGCAACACCAUUUAAUUCAUACAGGAGAGAAGCCGUACAAGUGUGACGAAUGUGGUAAAUGUUUUACCCAUUCGCGUAGCUUAAGGAAACACAAUUUAAUUCAUACAGGAGAGAAGAUGUAUAAGUGUGACCAAUGUGGUAAAUGUUUUACCCAUUCGCGUAGCUUAAAGCAACACCAUUUAAUUCAUACAGGAGAGAAGCCGUAUAAGUGUGACCAAUGUGGUAAAUGUUUUACCCAAUCAUGUGGCUUAAAGCAACACCAUUCAAUUCAUACAGGAGAGAAGCCGUACCAGUGCGACCAAUGUGGUAAAUGUUUUACCCAAUUGUGUAGCUUAAAGCAACACAAUUUAAUUCAUACAGGAGAGAAGCGGUACAAGUGUGACCAAUGUGGUAAAUGUUUUACCUAUUUUGGUAAUGUUAAUACACACCUUAGAAUUCAUCAUGGAGAGAAGCCUUAAAAUUUUUAUGUAAUGCAGUAAAUGUAUUACUGAUUCCUCACAUUUCAUUGAACAUAAUUUAAAAUUCUCUACCGAAAUAAAUCCAGAAUGACCAGACACUUAUCUUUUUACUUUCUUGU